AGCCGCAACAUUUUCCAUUAAAAAAGUAAUGUGGCCAUAGAGAAUGAGAAAGAAAGAGAGAGAGAGAGAGAAGGAGAGAGAUCGCUCUUUGGUCCGCGGCGCACACGCUUGCUUCGCCCCCCCUCUCUCUCUCUCUAAAACCCUUUUCUCUCUCGUCUUCCUCUUCUUCUUCUUCUUCUUCUCGUUUGUGUUGUGUGGUGUAGUGUAGUGUAGCUCGCUUCUGGUCCCUCUCUUGUCCCCUCACGAUUCCCAAACGCUCGCCUCUCUCUAUCUCUCGAUCCCCUCCCUAGGGUUUCUUCGUCCCCGAUCUCUCCGCUCCUCGGCGCCCUUCUACUCCGACACGCUCCCGCGAAUCUCCGCACCUCCUCCUCCUCCUCCUCCGACCGCACCAUGCGGCGGAGGUGAGAAGUCGCCGGAGCCGAAGAGGACGAAUAAGAGGGCGGCGCCAUGAAGGGCCCAGCGAGCUCCACCGUCGCCGCCGCGGAGGCGGGCGGCGGAAGCGAAGUGGAGAGGAGGGCGAUAAACGCGGAGCUGUGGUACGCGUGCGCGGGGCCGCUGGUGAACCUUCCUCCGGUUGGGAGCCUCGUCGUCUACUUCCCCCAAGGCCACAGCGAACAGGUUGCAGCUUCUAUGCAAAAGGACAUCGAUGCGCAUGUUCCAAAUUAUCCAAAUCUCCCGUCAAAGUUGAUAUGCCUCCUUCAUAAUGUCACUUUGCAUGCUGAUCCAGAGACGGAUGAAGUGUAUGCUCAGAUGACUCUCCAGCCAGUCAACACAUAUGAUAAGGAGGCAUUACAAUUAUCAGAGCUCGCACUAAAGCAAACUAAGCCACAAACAGAAUUCUUUUGUAAAACACUGACAGCAAGUGAUACAAGCACUCAUGGGGGUUUCUCUGUGCCUCGUCGUGCUGCAGAGAAGAUCUUUCCUCCUCUCGAUUUUUCAAUGCAGCCUCCUGCUCAGGAAUUGCAGGCCAGAGACUUGCACGAUAAUUUAUGGACCUUCCGCCAUAUAUAUCGAGGUCAGCCUAAAAGGCACUUGCUGACAACUGGUUGGAGCCUAUUUGUGAAUGGAAAGAGGCUUGUAGCUGGUGACUCGGUCUUAUUUAUAAGGGAUGAGAAGCAGCAGCUUCUAUUGGGAAUUAGACGUGCUAAUAGGCAACCUACUAACAUAUCAUCAUCUGUCCUAUCAAGUGAUAGCAUGCAUAUAGGGAUUCUUGCUGCAGCAGCCCAUGCUGCAGCAAACCACAGCCCAUUUACAGUUUUCUAUAACCCUAGGGCCAGUCCAUCGGAAUUUGUAGUUCCUUUUGCCAAGUACCAAAAAGCAGUGUACGGCAAUCAAAUAUCACUUGGAAUGCGUUUUAGGAUGAUGUUUGAAACCGAAGAAUCAGGAACGAGAAGGUACAUGGGUACUAUUACAGGCAUUAGUGAUCUGGAUUCCAUAAGGUGGAAGAACUCACAAUGGCGUAAUUUGCAGGUAGGAUGGGAUGAGUCUGCGGCCGGUGAGAGGCGUAACAGGGUUUCUCUAUGGGAGAUUGAACCUGUUGCUGCUCCUUUUUUUAUAUGCCCCCCUCCAUUUUUCAGAGCCAAGCGGCCAAGACAACCGGGGAUGCCAGAUGAUGAGUCGUCAGAAAUGGAAAAUCUUUUCAAGAGGGCAAUGCCUUGGCUUGGUGAGGAAAUAUGUAUCAAGGACCCUCAAACCCAGAGCACUAUAAUGCCUGGCCUCAGCUUGGUCCAAUGGAUGAACAUGCAACAGAAUGGGUCCUCGCUUUCCAACGCAACCAUGCAAACAGACUAUCUCCGCUCCUUGACUGGACCUGUUGGGCCGAAUCUAGGCCCAGCUGAUCUAUCCAGGCAAUUGGGCCUACAGGCCCAUCAUCUGCUGCAGCAGCAGAAUAAUGUACAGUUCAAUGCCUCUCGGUUACCUCAGCAAACCCAGCAACAAAUUGAUCAACUGUCUAAGGUGUCAGUCCCAUUGAACCAAUUGGGUACUGUUUCUAGACCGAACCCAGAAAUACAAGAUAUUAGCUGUGAAGCAAGGCAUCAACCCGUGAACCAGCCAUUGCCGCCGAACACAAGUAAGACCAAUCUUGCACAGAAUCAAGUAUUGGUUCAGUCUCAAAUCCAGCAACAGCCACAACCUAUGAUACAGAACCAGCAACAGCCAUUACAAAACCAGCCUCAGAAUCAGCAAGUUCUUCUGCAGCAGCAAAUUCUUCAACAGCCGAAGCUGAUACCAAACCAGCUCCUUAAUCAAACGAAUCAGCAGUUGCAGUUAUCCGAUCAUCAGCUACAAUUGCAGCUUUUACAGAAGAUACAACAGCAGCAGCAACAGUCCUUAUUGCUGCAGGAACAGCAGAAGAUACUGCUCGACGUGCAACAACAAUUAUCUAACACCCACUCGGUUCCUCCUCAAGCAGCUUCUCAACAAUGCACAAAAAGUGUUUCUUCCCAGGCCAUGAGGCUCCCGCAGCAGCAGCAGCAGCAGCAGCUUCUUCCACAGCAGCAGCUUCUUCCACAACAGCAGCAGCAGCAGCAGCAGCAGCAGCAGCUUCUUCCACAGCAGCAGCAGCAGUCGCAGCAAAAGCUUCAACAACAGCAAGUUCUUCUUCCAGAAUUGCCAGGGACCGUUCUUCCUUCGUCAAAUUCAAUGAUCAACAUAAUCUCGACGGGUGGCAACUCGUCGAAUGCAGUUGGGGCUCAACAUUCGGUGCUCACAGACGACAUUCCUUCUUGCUCUACUUCUCCUUCAACAAACAAUGGUGGUGUUCUUGUUCAGUCCAUUUUAAAUAGGACCCAAUCCCGCAGUAUGAUAAAUACCACGGAGAAGACAUCCCAAUCAGCUGUGACCAUUUUGAGCUCUAACCCCAUGGAAGCUGUGGUGGGAAGCCCUACCAUCAGCAAGGACUUGCCACCGAAGCCACUUAAUAGUAACAUAAAGCCAUGCACGCCGCUUCCGAAGAUUCAAAAUCACGGGCCUGUUGGCCCACAAACACAACACAUGUACAACACCCCUCAAACUGAUUACUUGGACACGACUUCUUCAGCUACAUCAGUGUGCCUUUCUCAGCCUGAUGGGCCUUUGCAACAAGGCUAUUCCCCUCUUUCUUCUUUCAAUCAGCCAACUAUGUACAGAGAUGUGCCACCAGAGUGUGAGGCCCAGGUGGCUGAUCCAAGAAACAAUGUUUUAUUUGGGGUUAACAUUGAUGGUCCAUUGGGCCUGCCUCUAACUACAGAUGCUUUACUUACGAAUGGCAUUGAGUCGGGAAAGUAUCAGAAUAAUACGCCCGGAAAUGUGGUCGCCAAUUACAACACCUCGAGAGAUGCUCAGCAAGAGCUAUCAUCGUCUAUGGUUUCUCAACCUUUUGGGGUUGCCGACAUGGCAUUUAAUUCUAUAGAUUCUACAAUCACGGACAACAGCUUUUUGAAUAGGAAUUCAUGGCAACCGGCUCCUCCACUUCAACGAAUGCGGACUUAUACCAAGGUUCAUAAGCGUGGAGCUGUAGGGAGAUCUAUUGACAUCACUCGCUAUUCCGGAUAUGACGAGCUGAAACAAGAUCUUGCCCGCAUGUUCAGUAUUGAGGGGCAGCUUGAAGAUCGACAAAGAGUUGGCUGGAAGUUAGUGUAUGUUGAUCACGAGGAGGAUGUUCUACUUGUUGGAGACGACCCUUGGGAGGAGUUUGUAAACUGCGUGCGGUACAUCAAGAUACUGUCCCCACAAGAAGUUCAACAAAUGAGCUUAGAAGGCGAAUUCCGACACAACAACAUCCUCCCUAACCAAGCGUGCAGCAGCUCGGAGAAUGGCGGAAAUGCCUGGAGGGGCCCCCAAUAUGACCACAACAACCCUUCCGCCGGAUCCUAUGAGCAAUUGGAAUGACUUCUAAUUUUUUAACCAAGUCCUCCUCGCGCAGCAAUAAACUUAUCGUUUCAGCCCUAGCAGGUGCCUUUCACAAUCAUUUCUCAACCCAAAGGUGAUGCAACUUAAAAAUGGCCGGGAUCGAGACAAGAUGCAAAGAACGGCUUGCUGUCUCAGUCUUCACUGAUCGGAUGAGAGAUGGACAGUUGGGGUUAGUAAUUCGAGCUCUGCAAUCCAUUUAUUUUCUCCAUCUAUUAUAUAGCUAUAUAUUAGCUACAUUUGUCAGUUGACGUCAUAGAUUCCUGAUGUGUAUAUUUGUAGUCUCUGGGUAUAACACACGAGUAUCGAUGAUUAAAAUUGUAGUUGGAUGUUCAAGCUUAGAGGAAGCUAAAAGCUUAUUUUUAUUUGUCAGCAUUUUCCUGCAAUCUAUUGCAGUACAAAUCGCCGUUCUAAUGUAAUAUACUCCUGCUUUCCAUGCCCUUGUAAAAUUUCCAAAAUUCAAACUGUUGCUGGAAAGUAAAACUGUUAGAAAAUUGGAGGACCUUUUCGCCUAAUUUCUCCA